UUCGUUCAAGUCAGUAGCGGUUCCAGCGCUCACCCUUUUUCAUCUACAUCCAACCAAUCUAUUCAAGAGCAAUAACCAUGUGUGACAAGCUUCCCUUCAAAGUGGCUGAUAUUAGUCUGGCAGAGUGGGGACGUAAGGCAAUUGACAUUGCUGAGAAUGAGAUGCCUGGACUAAUGAAGAUACGGGAGAUGUAUGGGCCAUCAAAACCUCUAAAGGGAGCACGCAUUGCCGGCUGUCUGCACAUGACCGUUCAGACUGCUGUGCUUAUUGAGACCCUCAAAGUCCUUGGAGCUGAGGUUCAGUGGUCUAGCUGUAACAUUUUCUCAACCCAAGAUCACGCUGCUGCUGCCAUUGCCAAGACCGGUGUUCCAGUUUAUGCUUGGAAAGGGGAGACAGAUGAGGAGUAUGUGUGGUGCAUUGAGCAGACAAUCUACUUCCAGGAUGGUCAGCCCCUCAACAUGAUCCUUGAUGAUGGUGGAGAUCUAACCAACCUUGUGCAUCAGAAAUACCCCAAGUUGUUACAGGGAAUUCGUGGUGUUUCUGAAGAGACCACAACAGGAGUUCACAACCUCUACAAGAUGAUGAAAAAGGGUGAACUUAAAAUUCCUGCAAUCAAUGUAAAUGACUCUGUAACCAAGAGUAAAUUUGAUAACUUGUACGGAUGCCGUGAGUCUCUGAUUGAUGGAAUCAAGCGGGCAACUGAUGUGAUGAUUGCUGGUAAGGUGGCUGUGGUCGCUGGAUAUGGUGAUGUGGGUAAGGGCUGUGUUCAGGCUCUUCGAAGCUUUGGUGCCAGAGUCAUCGUCACAGAAAUCGACCCAAUCAAUGCCCUGCAGGCUGCAAUGGAAGGCUAUGAGGUUACUACAAUGGAUGAGGCCUGCAAGGAAGGAAAUAUUUUUGUCACAACCACUGGCUGUGAGGACAUUAUUCUGGGCAGCCACUUUGAACAGAUGAAAGAUGAUGCCAUUGUUUGCAACAUUGGUCAUUUUGAUUGCGAGAUCGAUAUGAAGUGGCUAAAUGAAAAUGCUUCUGAGAAGAUCAACGUCAAACCUCAGGUUGAUCGCUACCUUUUGAAGAAUGGACGGCAUGUUAUUGUUUUAGCCGAAGGCCGUCUUGUGAACUUAGGCUGUGCCAUGGGUCACCCCAGUUUUGUUAUGAGCAACUCGUUCAGCAAUCAGGUGCUUGCCCAAAUUGAGCUCUGGAGCAAUACCAGCAAAUACAAAGUUGGUGUCUACUUCCUGCCCAAGAAGCUGGAUGAGAAGGUAGCUGCAGCACACUUGGACAAACUUGGUGUCAGACUGACGAAGCUAACAGAUAAACAAGCCAAAUACUUGGGCCUUCCCUGUGAGGGUCCUUUCAAACCAGACCACUAUCGCUACUGAAAUGCUUCAGACAAAUGGUCCAACCCCAUGAUCAGGCAAAGUCGGGACUGUGUACAAGUGCUUCAUUUCUUUUUUUUUUAUCAGUUAAAAUCAUUACCUAGUCUUUAUGGAAAAUCACUCAUUGACAUUUCACAUCUGAUCAAAACCUUUUAUGACUUAAACACUUCAGAGUGUAUUUUACUGACUUCAAAGCUGCCUUUGUGUCACUAGCAUUCCCAGGUUGGACUUAUGGUUUGAGCAGUAAAUUGAUAGUUGUUUCCCAAUAAAAUACAUGACAUGUAUGUUACAAGUAUACCAAUUCAGUUACAUGGUUUGUUUUGCUUUACUGUUAAAAUGACAUAUUCAAAUAAAAUUUGCUGACUCAUUACAUUCUGUAAAACCUUCCAUGACAAAAUAAAGAUCAUGCUGGACUUAA